GUUUGUCUAUCAUCUCCUUGUCAAUCCUCAUGAGUUUUCUACAGUAAUCAAUCAUGCAGCCAAUUUACGUGUUACUAUUUGUCUGUGCAUAUCUUGCCUUACAUUCUAUAUUCUUUGGAAAAAGGUGUUGACGGAAUUGGAGUGAACUAUGGGCUCCUGGGAAAUAAUCUGCCGCCUCCCGCCCAGGUGAUUAACUUCUUAAAGUCCAAAAACAUCCAAAACAUCAGAAUGUUCGAUCCCAACACAGACGUAUUAAAGGCACUAGAGAAUUCUGGCAUUUCUGUAAUUCUUGGUGCUCGAAAUGAAGACCUGCAAGCACUUGCAAGUGAUCCAAAUUUUGCAACAAAUUGGGUAAACACUAACGUUAUUCCACAUGCUUCAACUGUUAAUAUUGCAUAUAUAUCAGCAGGUAAUGAAGUCAUACCAGGACCAUACGCAACUUUUGUACUAGGAGCCUUGCAAAGUCUGGACUCCGCACUGAAAGCCAACAACCUUAAUAUACCCGUUACAACAACAGCUGCAUUAAACGUUUUAGGAACCUCAUAUCCCCCUUCGAAUGGAGCAUUCUCUGAGGACUCCAUUCAAUUCAUGAAACCAGUUGCAAUAUUUUUAGCUGCAAGACAAUCUCCGCUACUGGCUAACGUUUAUCCAUAUCUUGCCUAUUCUGGAGAUCCCACUCACAUUCAAUUAGACUAUGCACUUUCUCGAAGCACGGCUCCAAUUGAGAGUGACGGUUCAUUCCAAUACAACAACCUGUUUAGUGCAAUGUUGGAUUCCCUGUAUGCUGCAUUGGAGAAAAUUGAACAAUCUUCGGUAGAAGUUGUGGUUGCAGGGACAGGGUGGCCAAGUGCCGGUGAUGUUUAUGCAACUAAAGACAAUGCUCAAACAUAUGCAAACAAUUUGAUUUCACAUGUUUCUUCUGGUCAUGGAACUCCUAGGAGACCUGGAAAAGCUUUGAAGACAUACAUUUUUGCUCUCUUCAACGAGAAUGAAAAGCCCGCUGGUACCGAGCAAAAUUAUGGAUUAUUCUACCCUGAUAUGACUGAGGUUUACCAUGUCAACUUAACACCCUAGAAUAAUUAAUUUACAUACAGCAUGCCUAUAGCCCUCAACGUUCAUCAAUAAUUAAAUGGAAAUUUAGAUAAUUUUCAGUAUUAAUGGUACUUUGUGUUUUCUGAUUUUCUUAUGUUGAUUUGUCCGUUAAAAAAGUAUUGAAAAUGAUGUGUA